AUGAGCUCAAAACACGCCAGCAAACCAGGCCCAUCACCCUCCAAGACAAGGUCAAUCCACGACCAAGCCAGCCACCUCGAACAUGCCCACCCAUCUUCCUCGAACCCUGACCGUUGGAAAACUCAGCGUAGGAAAGAGUCCUUUGUGGCUCAGAUCGAGAGGAUCAGAGAAAAUAACCUCAAGCGUCGUGAAGGGAUCUAUACAAAGGCAUGGCAGGAACUGCAGGAAACCCAGAAUGCGCUGAUGUCCAACCCACCAACGGAAAUCAACUACUUGGUCAGACUGCACCGGGAGUCCCUGAAGCGGGAGCAGGAACUCGUGGCCGUGCAGGUCUACCAUGACCAUCUGAUCAGUGCUACCCGGGCAGCGUUCGAUGCGGAGGUGAGAUCGAUCGAGGAAGAGUUUACGAACGCCAGGACGCAGGCGAAGGAGAAAUUACUGGAGAGCUUGGAGGAGCGCCGCAAGAAACUGAAGGACGAGAAGGAACUGAUCGACUUCAACGAGGAGGCCGUCGGCCACAGCCAUCGUGCCCACACCACCCGAGGCCUCCGGAACCGGUCGUCGAACCGGACCAGCUUCCCGCGCGGCUCGCCUGCACUGGGCACCUCUUAUCCCACCACCGCCAACCGACUCGAGGGCACAUUCAACAACCCAGACCAUCACCUCUCGGCAGACCCAGACCUCGGAUCCUCCACCGCCGGCUUGCCACCCAGCGGCAGCUACAUCACAGCAGACGACCCCUUCUCGAUGGCCACCCUCAACGUCGACCCCCAUCUACGCCAGUCGCCCAUCUUCCAGCAGCUCCUCCAACUGGGGACGCACACUGGCUCCCGGAGAGGCGGCCCAGGGGGACCCGCCGGCAGCAGAAGGGCCCCCACCGGCCUCCCCGGCGCGAUCUCCCUCCCCUCGAUCACCCCCGGAACCUGGAAUAACUUCCACAAGAGUCAGCUCGGGAUCUGCUCCGCCAAGAACGACGAUACCGAUGCCGACGUCGAUCAGAUCCGCAGCCUGGCCGGCCUUCUUUCUCCUAAAAAACGUCGAAUGAAUAAUCUCUCCAAUCUUAAUCAGUCUACCGCCAAUCAGAAUAGCACUGCCCUCAAGAGUAAGAAGUGA